AUGGUCCUUGAUCCGCUAAGUUCACUAUCUCUGGCAUGUACAGUCUGCCAGUUCCUUGAAUUUUCUGGUACACUGUUCUCCAAAUCUCACAAAAUCUACAAGAGUGCCACAGGAUACGAUGAAGACACCGACUCGUUGUUUGGAAUCACCAGGGAUUUGCGCUCGUUGACAGAGAAAUUAGAGCCACCCAUUGAUUCGAAGUCCUUAUCCGCUGAAGAAACGGAGCUUGUCAAUCUUGGCGAUAGAUGCAAACAAACAGCCGAUGAGCUUCUCCUGGUUCUGGGUGAUCUGCAGGACAGCAAAACCUCAAGAUGGAGCAGUUUCCGCGCAGCGCUAAAAACAGUGUGGGCACAAGACCACAUCGAUGAAAUGGCUAAAAAGCUUGAGUCAUAUAGAUCGCAGCUUAUUCUCCGCUUGACAAUCAUGCAGAGCUCCAAUGGCAGCAAUGUGCGUAUCAUGAAUAAAUUGCUCGAAACUAACCACCUGAUCCGGGGUGGAUUGGCACCAUCCAUUGAAGGGUUGAGAAUGACAGUGAUGGAAUCGAUGGAAACACUGAGAGCUGACUUCGAGAGGCAAAGCAGACUGUUUAUGCUUGCUCUAGAGGAAGAAAGAACUGAGAAAACAAAGCCUCAGCUGCAGUUGGAUCGGCAACAAGAAAUUCGACGAUUGGAAGCGCUCCAGCCGGUUGAUAUCACCGCAAUCAGGCAAAAUAUACAGCACACUGCGCUUGCUACUAAUAAGCUGGCCACGGAAUUGUUCAUCAUGCGAACCCUUCGCUUCGACGGCAUGGAGUUGCGUCGGUCCCAAAUUUCAGAUGCUCAUAAGCGCACGUACCGCUGGGCUUACAUGUCGAAUUUUUCGGACUGGAUGAUUACAGAGCACCCUCUCUUUUGGAUAAGCGGGAAGCCGGGAUCAGGUAAAAGUACCUUGAUGAAGUACCUAGUCAAUAGCCCCGAUACAUCUGCGUACCUAGGGAAAUGGGCAGGGACACGAAAGCUGGUUAUCAUCGACUACUUCUUUUGGAUCAAUGGCUCCGAUAUCCAUCGCUCACAGGAGGGUCUGCUUCGAUCAUUGCUAUUCGACAUCUUCCAAAAGUGUCCCGAACUCAUUCAAAAAACAUUUCCAGAGAGAUGGGCUGAAUCUAUAAACAUGAGUCUUGAUCUCAAGGGAUCCAUGAUAUCGUGGAAUCGUCAGGAGUUACUAAAUGGCUUGCAAAGAAUCACCCAACAAACGACCUUGUCCAAUGCGUUCUGUAUCUUCAUCGAUGGGCUUGAUGAAUAUGAGGGCGAGCACGAGGAUCUGGUCAGCAUACUUUCCAAGAUGGCACAUACAUCCCCCAUCAAGCUUUGUGUCGCAAGCCGACCUUGGAACGUUUUCGAAAAAGCUCUUGGAACGGACCCCAGUCGCAAAAUAUACCUAGAAGAUCUGAAUAGACCCGACAUCGAGCUCUACGUGAAGAACACAUUGCAGGACCGCGCUGACUUUCAAGCCUUGGCAUUGUCUGAUCCAGAUGCCACAGAGCUAGCAAUGGACAUUGUUCAACGAUCCAAUGGCGUAUUUCUUUGGGUCUAUUUAGUCGUGCUUCUAGUGAAGAAAGGCCUAGUCAAUGAGGAUAGACUCGUGGAUCUGAAGCGUCGCGUGAGCGCCUAUCCAGCUGACCUCAACGACUUUUUCAAACAUAUAAUGGACUCACUGGACCCAUGCUAUCAGGCUCAAAUUGCCACUGGAUUUUCUGUGGCAUUGGCGGCUAGGGAACCACUUUCAAUCGUCAGCUUCUGGUACCUUGAUGAAUUGGAGCUGGAUUCUAAUGUUGCAAUCGCUAAGAAGAUUGACGAGCCGUCCGUGAAGAGCAACAGGUUGGACACCUUUUGGCGAGACGAGGUUCGUAAAAUGGAGGCACGUCUCAAUGGACGGUUCAAGGGACUUCUAGAGAUUGUGAAGAUGCCCAAGUGGGAAGUUUCAUCCGACAUCAUGGUAGAAUUUCUCCAUCGGACGGUGCGAGACUUCCUCAUCACAGAAGACUGCCAGCGAGUACUGAAAGAAUGGACUCCUGCCGGGUUUGAUGUCCAUUUUGCACUUUGCAAUAUCCAACUUGCUGAGAUAAAAGAGCUGCACCCAAAGCUGGCAGACCCGAACACUCUGAAGCGAUUGACAGAAGGUACAUUUUACGCUGCACAGCAAUUCGAGAAAUCUCAUCAAAAGUCGCUCAACAAAGUACUUGAACAUCUCGACCGUACAAUUGACAGCUAUGGCUUGGGAAUGUCCCCCUGGGAGGAGCUAGAAGUAAGAAGCUUCACCAUGUACGCCGUCAUGAGCAAUAUGACCGGCUAUAUUUCUCAUCUUCUGGAGACGGGCUUUCUCAGCGAUAUGGAGAGAUUGAGAUGUCUUCGAAAAAUCUUCGACACGACUAGAGAUUUAAGUGCAGAUGUUUUGCACGAUCCCGAACCUAAGAUCGCAGUGAUUGAAAAUCCCCUAAACAUGAUUAUCCUUCUGGCGGAGACACGUCCUCUAUCGAAAAUUCCAUUUAACAAGAUAUUUACUGGACUGGAAGUGUACGAUACAUCAACCAUCAUCAGUAUCUUGCGAUGCCUUUGCAAGAAUGGACAUGUGGACAUUGAACAAUUUCAACUUCUCGCCCCUCGGGUCAAAAGACUCACUAGUUCGUGGGAUGCGAAGGAGCUAGAGGAAAUGAUUCGUCCAGGAAAGGAUCUAGCGACCAGAACCAUACGAAGCGAUUUAUCUCGGAAGAAAAAUAACACUCACACGAAAGAGAAGGGAAAAUUACACAGAUGGUUGGGGAAGUUCAAAUAUAGCCAAUGA